AUCAGUCAAAUAAAAGCCUUUACUGGUGAGCUUGGCGCGGCAUUUAGUUUGUGAUAAUCCAACUAUAAAGUGCUAUUGAGGCGAUGAAGUUCUUUUUGCUUGGUCUACUGCUCAUCGACGUAGCGUGCGCAACGCCAAACACCGCUGCCUUGCGUCAAAGUCUAACGAAAGCCACUAGAAAUAUCCAACCCGAAGCGCGUAUAAUAGGCGGUGAGCCAGCAACGAAGUCAUCGCGAACAUCCUAUCUAAUUUCACUGAGCAUCUCCGCCAUUGCCUAUGCACACGUCUGUGCGGGUGCCAUCAUCGGCAAGGAAUGGGUACUAACAGCUGCGCAUUGUCUGGAGGAGUUGAAGGAAUCAGCGACCGAUGUGAUUGGCUUACCCGUCUACGCCGGUUUGCAGGAUCGUUCGGAUAUAGAAAAUGCACAAAUACGUACAAUUGAUUUCGCUUUUGCUCACAAACAAUUCAACGCCAGUCAAGAGGGUUCGCCAGAUAUCGCGCUGCUGCAUGUCACGCCUGGCUUUGAAUUUGGCGCCGAUGUCAAUGCCGUUAUUUUGCCAUAUCGGAAUGAGGAUUAUGCUAACAAAACAUCUGUCACUUAUGGCUGGGGUCUCACUCGACGCGAUGCCGAGCAGUAUGCAAAGCAGUUGCAAGUGGGAAGCGCGCAGGUCUUGUCUGAGACUCAGUGUCGUGAACAAUUGCCAGAGGACACACCGUUAGGCAGCAAUCAAAUUUGCGCGGAAACUUUGGCUUGCUUUGGCGAUGGUGGCAGUCCGUUAGUGCACGAAACGCUGGGCGGUACUGAAUUGGUUGGCAUCACUUCGUGGGGCUACACACCAUGCGGCUCCAAGGGCAGUCCAACAGUUUAUACGGAAGUCUCACGCUUUAUCAAAUGGAUAUCUGAUGUACAGUGGGCUUACUAUGUGUUGAAUUGAAUUGCAAUAAAGUAAUAAAAUUGUUUGCUGUAAAAGUUAA